AUGUCAAGAGUAUCAUCAACUCCUGAAACAUUUGAUGAACCUCCACACGUUUCUUUCCUUCUUCCUACGAAAAAUCCACCUUCUUCAUCCUCAAGUAGGACUCCUUCAGUAAUUUCUGUUGCCUCUAUUAAUUUUACUUUGAAACAGCCACGUUAUCAUACUUUAUAUCAACCUUCAUGGCGUGAGCAGUUGGCCGUUGAACUUGACAACUCUGCCAUCGGUAGUAUAUGGAAAUUGGUUGAUGCUUUCCUAAAUAUAUUAUUAUGUUGUAUUUACAUUGCAAACACGAAUGAUAUGAAGGGAACCUUGCCAUGGUUUAACGUGUGGUUUGAAGUCAUAGUGUCAAUUUUGUUAUUAACGGAAUAUAUUCCAAAAUUUUAUAUCUAUGAAUUCAAUUCUUGGCGUUCCUUGUUUACCAGUCCUAUACCAUUUCUUACAAUUUUAACCGUAUACCCUGUAGUAACAACUGCAAUUGAUCCUGUUUUUCAAGAAACCCGUUAUAUAGUUUUCUUUUAUCCUUUUAGAUUCCUUCGUUGUUAUUUUUCUACUAUCAUAUUUCUGGUAUUGACCGGAUCUUCUUUAUUGCACGGCGUGGAAUAUGUUUAUAUGGACGAGAAACUUACUUUCUUAGAUGCUGUGUUUUUCACGACUAUUAUGUUGGGAACCGUCGGAUACCUCAGUGAUAUAGUACCUGAUAAUGCAUUUCCCAGAAUUCUUUUAUUGGUCAUUUUUACGACUGGCUUAAUAUUUAUUCCG